AUGACAACCGCACAAUUGAUCUCCUUACUGAUGCUGUUGAGUGCAGGGCAGUCGGUGCUAGGACGUAAAGGAACGAUGGACGACUGGGCUAGGUUACUUAACACACUGACGUCUAAUUACACGAAGGAGAUAUACCCCGUCUACAACCUUAGCGAAACACUGACUAUAUCUAUGGGGAUGUUCCUUCUGUCCAUUCUAGACUUUAACGAAGUAUCCGGGGUUAUCAGUUUAAAUGGCGGAGUGAAUUUAAAUUGGAUCGAUUUUCGUCUGGCUUGGAAUCCGAGUGAGUAUGGCGGAUUAGAAAACAUUCUUCUUAACUCCUCUUUUGUUUGGACUCCGAAGAUCUUCCUCAUGACCACUGCUGAUGAUAUGGAACCAUUUUAUUUGAAAGAUUUCGAGAUAAGGGUGUAUCACGAUGGAAGAUGUUCUGUUGCUCCGGGAAGACGAAUGAUGGCGACAUGUUCCGUGGAUAUGUCACAGUUUCCCAUAGACUCCCAUAUCUGUGAGCUUAUUCUUCUUCAGUGGGGCGCAUUCGAGGACGAAACUUUACUUAAAUAUCAGAGUUCACGAGUAUUUCUAUCCUACUAUACACACAACGGUGAAUGGGACUUAACAAAAAGCUAUGUGACUGAAUCCCAAACAAUGCAAGGCGGCUUGAGUUUUACGAUAUACAUCACGAGAAGACCAAUGUAUUGGAUUCUAUCUCUUAUCAUCCCAGUUCUCCUGUUAUGCUUUCUUAACCCGUUUGUGUUUCUCUUGCCGGCCUCUUCUGGAGAGCGAAUUUCCUACACCGUCACUAUGUUUCUGUCCCUGGCUGUCUACAUGACACUGAUAGGAGACAACCUUCCUAAGGUGUCAGAAAACAUGGCUUUUCUGUCGUUUUUUCUGCUGAUCACUCUUACAUACAGUGGGUUGCUAGUUAUUCUCACAAUAUUCACAUUAAGGGGUGAGUUGCUGUCUGAUGUCAGCAAAUUCCCACGAUGUCUGAGGUAUCUUGCUCUCUGUUUUAAAAAAAUAAGAAGGACACGACGGGUAACUCAAGCAAUAUCCCAGGACGACAGUGAAAAAGAAGAAAGCGAAAAGACAUAUGACGUCAGCGAUAAUUUGCUGAAAGAUGACGUAAUGCGAGUGACUGAUAUGCUGUUGUUUGUGACGUCAUUAUCAGCUAUGCUCGUUAUCACCGUUUGCUUUUUUUCCGCUUUGUUCAGAUAG